CCCAACAAUGUAUAUCAAGCUAUCCGGUUGGUCGCUGUGAAAAAACUAUCCCUUGACCAAUCCCAGCAGGGAGAAUCAGAAUUCCUUGCAGAGGUGAGGAUGAUCACAAGCAUACAACAUAAGAACCUGGUUCGCCUUAUUGGGUGUUGCUCAGAUGGAGCUCAGCGGCUACUUGUCUAUGAGUACAUGAAGAAUAGGAGUUUGGACCUCAUAGUAUAUGGAAAGAAUGAUCAGUUCCUGAACUGGGAAACCCGCUUCCAAAUAAUUCUCGGUAUUGCUCGAGGAUUGCAAUAUCUGCAUGAGGAUUCACACGUCAGAAUCGUUCACAGAGAUAUCAAAGCUAGCAACAUUCUUCUAGAUGAUAAAUUUCAACCAAAGAUUGGAGAUUUUGGCCUGGCCAGGUUCUUUCCUGAAGACCAGGUUUACUUGAUCACUAAUUUUGCUGGGAGAUUGGGCUAUACAGCACCUGAAUAUGCCAUUAGAGGAGAAUUGUCUGAAAAAGCUGACAUAUAUAGCUUUGGAGUUCUGGUGCUAGAGAUUAUUAGUUGUCGAAAAAACACUGAUCUUAACUUACCAUCAGAAAUGCAAUACCUCCCCGAAUAUGUAGGGUCAUUACCUUGCCAUUUCUGCAAUUAUCAUAUCUGUAUUUUAUUGGUAUUUAUUAGUUGAUUGAU